AGGUAUGAUUAAACCAAGUUUUUUAUGUAUACAUUUUAGUAAUGUUUUUCUGAUAUUGAUCAUGAACGUAGUGUGAAAUUGAAUGCCUUGUUUGCGUGAAAGUAGCCAGCUAGUACAGUUGUUCACACUUGUGUACCUGAUGUAACCAUCAAUUAUAUUGUGACAGCACACACGAGCAACGUUUAUGAUAGUGGUUUGGGUCCCACGUUAUCUUUUUUGUGUACUAUUAUUUUGCCUUUUGGCCCACGAUUCUGUCGCUAGACACUGCCUCAGAAUCUCAGACUUAUUACUCAUCUCUUUCCUCUUUCAUUUACUAUUAGUUACUGUAUAUCUCAGGAUUCAUUUUGAGUUAAAAAAAGUAUUUAUUAUUGAUAUAAUGCUUUCUCUAUGGAGUUUCCUACCACAUAAUAAAAUAUAUAAUACUCAAAUUACUAAAGUUGCUACUACGUGGAAUGAAUAUAAAUGGUGUAUAACAAAGGCUUUCAUGUUUGCAAAAAAUAAUAGUAGAUGGACGAACUGAGUCACGUGUGGUGUGACUGUGCACAAUGCAAUUUGGAAGCUAAACGUCCAGUCCACUAUAGACUAGUAGACAGUAAAGAAGUUGCACGUGGUGAACAUGUAGUACGAUACAUGAAACAGUGUUUGUAUGAUCCUGAAGAUUCCUUUCCUUAAAAUCAUUGGCCCCACUCUCUGUUCCUCUUCACAUGCCGUUAGUUGCACUAUCGUCAUCUUCUCAGACUCACUUACUCCAUUUAUCCAUGCUCCCCACGCAUUUCUAUUAUUCUUUCUAGUCAUGCAUGGUAGAGUAAAGGUGGUAGCAGCAAACAUGUUGGAUGAAGGAGUAUCAAAGCAGUUUCAGUUUCAGCCAAUGAGGACUACUACUACUAGUCUUCUUCAUGAUCCAUUCUCACUUCAAACUCAAUCUAAUAAUAAUCUCUCCUACCCAUCAAUAUUAUCGUCAUUGCCUCACCACUCUUCCAAACAACAUCACAAUCACACCACCACCUUUAGUUCUGCAUUCAACUUCCAGAUCCAAAAUCAAUUACCAUUGUCACACUUGAUCGAUUCCGGAUGGACUAACGGCGAGCUUCUUGCACUUGUCAAUAUUAGAUCUACUGUUGAAAAUUGCUUCCCAGAUCACCUCAUAUGGGAUAAUGUCUCUAGGAAGCUUGAAGAAGUUGGGAUUAAGAAGAGUGCUGACAAGUGCAAGGAGAAGUUUGAAGAUGAGAAUACAUCAUUGAAGAUCAAUAAUCAUAAUGAUUUUGCUAGUGAACUUCAAACUCUCUAUCAACACGAAGAAAAUUCAAGAGAUGAGGAUAACAUCGACAUUGUAGUGAGCAAACAAUGUGGUUAUGAUGACAAGGUGGACAGAAAUAGAAAGAGGAAGAAUCGUCGGCGCGAUAGAUUUGAAAUGAUGAAGUGUUUUUGUGAGACCGUGGUAAACAAAAUGAUGGCACAACAAGAAGAAAUACACAAUAAGCUAAUUCAAGACAUGUUCAAAAGAGAUCAAGAGAAGCUUGCCAGAGAAGAAGAAUGGAAAAAGCAAGAAAUAGAAAGGAUGAACAUGAUGACACAAGAACAAGCUAUUUCAAAUCAUAGACAAUCCACCAUAAUUGAUUUCUUGAAUAAACAUCUUUCCACAAAUGAAAACAACAUUGUCAACAACAAAACUACAAAAGCAUGUUCUUCUUCACAAUUGCACUCACAAAACGCUAAUAAUCAUGAACCCUCAUCAACAUCCCCAGAUCAAAACCCUAGCUCGAGCGAAACGGCAUUACUAGUUCCUUCAACUUCUUCCAACAACAUCAAUAACAACAAUAAGAAUCCAGUGUUAGAGGAUAAGAGAAGGUGGCCAAGAGAUGAAGUGUUGGCACUGAUAAACCUCAAGUGUUCUACAACUGUAAUAAACAGAAGAAGCAACAAGAAUAGUAUUGAAAAGAAAAAGGAAGAAAAUAAGGGACCUGUGUGGGAGAGAAUCUCUGAAGGGAUGUCAGAGUUAGGAUACAAGAGAAGUGCAAAGAGAUGUAAAGAGAAAUGGGAAAACAUAAACAAGUAUUUUAGAAAAACAAAGGAUGGCGAUGUGAAUAAGAGGAAAAGGAGAAUGGAUUCAAGGACUUGUCCUUAUUUUCAUCAGCUAAGUUCUUUGUAUAAUCAGCAGCAGCAUGGAAAGGUGAUUGCUCCUCAAAAGCAAUUAACAGUCAAUUCAGUUGGCCAAAUUGAUGAUCAACCUCAAGCUCAAAGUGAUUAAUCUUCCUUUUAUUAAUUUUGGGACUGUCAUUGAUUUGAAUUGGUUUAUCACUUUUCCAUUUUUUAGGAUAUAACAAUAGUAAUUAUUCAACUAUAUAUUUUA